AAUAAAAACAAUAUUGAACAAGUAACAAGCUGUUUGACAGCUCUGCAAAUUUUCGGGAGAAAAAUUGGCUUCUCUGUUUGAGUUUCUGCGUGUUGCUUAAAUAUUUCAUCUUUUAUUAUUUUUACUAGACGUAUUUAUUAAUCAGACGUAACGUAAACAUGUUGUGGUGUGAUAUGAUAUGUCGCUCCCUAUAAAUAGAUUGAUUUAGAUGGUACUUCGUAGUUUAGUCUAGUGAUGGUAGAUCAGACAUUUUAAAAAACAAAAUGGGACGACGAGAGGAACCAGCUUGGACGAAGGGGACUGUCGGGUUGACCGUCGCUCGUGAGCGCGGUGAUGUAGGCCGGAAAUUCCAGAACCGUCUGACUGUUACUAGGAGUAUGAUCGAAAGAUUAGGUCUUGAAAAAGAACUCCACGGCCAUAUGGGAUGUGUUAAUUGUCUGGAAUGGAACGUCGACGGAUCUAUAUUGGCGUCGGCAUCCGAUGCUCAUGUUAUUCUGUGGGAUCCGUAUAGAUACAAGCAGAUCAGUAAUAUCUCGACCGGACACACGGGGAACAUAUUCUCUGUUAAGUUUCUCUCUCGGGACUCCCUGGCUACCUGUGCCGCUGAUAGUUCGGUGCGUGUUCGUAGCCUUUCAACGGGGGCGUCUUUGUUGGAAUGUGGAUGUCACUGUGGUCGUGUCAAGAGACUCGCGAGUGUACCAGACGGUACCGACGUAUUCUGGUCUGCGGGUGAAGACGGAUUAGUUCUUCAGCACGACCUUCGUACACCACACCGUUGUAAUUCCGACUCGGCCAAUGUGUUGGUGAACCUGUUGAACCACUUGGGCAAGUACGCUGAAGCCAAGUGUCUGGCGGUGAACCCUCGACGGCCGUAUCAGCUCGCGGUUGGAGCAAAUGACUUCUACGUUCGACUCUACGACACCAGAAUGAUCAAAUUAGCCAAAUUACUGGAGACUCCGGCGGGCUCCGCGCCCUCGGGUUUGAUGUGGGAGAGACAGAACGUGAGGUGCUCCCGUGCCGGCCACGGAGACCCCGACGAGAACAUUCCACGUGAAGCUGUUCAGUACUACGCCCCCGGGCACCUGUCCAUGGAAUUGAAUGAGAACACAUUCCCAAAGAAAGCUACAACAUAUGUGGCUUUCAGUCACGAUGGCAACGAACUCCUCGUCAACCUGGGAUCGGAACAGGUGUAUCUGUUCGAUAUCAACUCGGCCAGGCGUCCGGUGCUGGUGGAGAGCUUCAUAAUCCAGCACAACCACAGCCGUCGCGAGGAGGCCGCUCAGGAAAUGGUUCCCCCAACAGAAACCAGCGGAGAGAACGGUACCAUAGACCAGCAGGUCGUACUGCCCGACAAGAUACAGCACCUGAAAUCUGUGGCUAACGAGAUGGUGAACAGCGGCAGUUUCUGUAUGGCGGUGGACACCUACAACAUGGCCAUACACGAGUAUCCAAACUGCGCCUUGCUCUACUCCAACAGGGCCGCCGCGCUCAUGAGGAGGGGCUGGUCCGGUGACACGUACGCGGCUAUACGAGACUGCUACCAGGCGAUCAAGUUGGACCCCGGACACGUCAAGUCCCACUUCCGGCUGGCCAAAGGCCUGAUGGACCUGAAGCGGGCCCGCGAGGCCCACGAGUGUCUGUUGUAUUUCAAGGACAAGUUUCCUAAACACGCCUCCAGUCACGCUGUGUUCCUGCUGCAGAAGGACAUUAAAGUGGCGCUCAAGACCAUGGAGCGAGAUGAAGGUGACGAUGACAGCCAGGCCGGUAGUCCCCUGGAGCGCCAACUCCGGAUGUCUUCGUUGGACUACUCGUCACGUUUCCUGGGCCACUGUAACACUACCACCGACAUCAAGGAGGCGAACUUCCUGGGACCCAAUGCUGGAUUUGUGGCCGCUGGGUCGGACGACGGCAGUAUGUUCAUCUGGUGCCGCCACACGGGGAACAUCGUCCGCUGUCUCCGUGGAGACGAGUCGAUAGUUAACUGCGUGCAACUGCAUCCGUCCAUGUUCCUGUUGGCGACCAGCGGCAUCGAGGCCGUGGUUCGCCUAUGGAGCCCGAGACCGGAAGACGGCUGUCCCGACACCAGGGCCGUCAGCGAAGCGAGCGCCGCCGCCGCCGCCAACCAGCAGCGGAUGCGCUCCGACCCGUUUGAAGCUAUGCUGCUCAAUAUCAGCUUUGCGGGAGGCGCGGACAGAGAUGUUCACUCGCCGGCCUGUCGAGCUACAUAAACCCACACCUGUGCGAUGGAGAGUCUGGAGUCUGUGGCGAUUGUAAAUAGUUGUAGCAACCAACAUUAAUAUAUACUGACCGUUUGUGCAGCCGUCGGCCGCCGAAAUAAAUAUAAUAAUAUAUAAAACAUUGAUUUGGUUAUUUUGUCAUCUUGAUGUACUAGUAAUGCUUUAGAUACUCCAAAAUAAUAUAACUAUCAUUAUAAAUAAACGACAACUUUCACUGCAAGUCUCCAUGUUAUUAUAUAUAGUAGUAAUGAUUAUAUUGAUCCGUAGCACCCGCCGGCCGCUCGGAGGGCGCGUCUCUGACGCCUGUCAGUUCUGACGACCAGUGACGUGCCGGGGCACUUUAAUACUCAGUGACGUUAUUUAUUGCGUUCAUUAUCAAAUGUAGCAAUGUAAACAAUUUCUUUAAUUUAAAUUCAUCUGAUUGUCACGAAAAGGUUUUGUUUUCAAAUCUUUAUCAUAUUAAUUUUAUUAUAUCAUAAGUGCAUUAUAUUCGAUGAAGGGUUUUUUUUUCACAUUAAACCGACAGACUGUAUUAACAUCACAGUUGUAUCGGUAUUUUGUCACGUCACUAUAGAAAAGAGUCGCCUUUUAAAAAAUGCUUUUUAUUUCUUUAAAUAAUUAAUAAUAUUAAUAAAAUAACCGGUUAAUAAAGUAAAAUAAAGUGUAUAGCGUUUGUAGCGUAAGCGGUACGCUAUUUUAAUGUGUCUAAGAGCACUCCGUGAGCGGCCGGGCCAGUAGCGGGCUCCUCUCCGUAUCAUAUACGAUUGGUGUUUUAAAGACAUAGUCAUAUCUAGCUGUAAGUAUCUGUAGGGACUGACUUCUGUGUUAAUUUCUUAUAAGUGUCUCAUUUUAGAAUUAGUUUUAUAAUAAUAUGUUUCAACGGCGACUAUUGCCGGCUGUGGAUGUUCCACAGAUUAUAAAGAUAUUGAAUAUCGGAAUUAUAUAUAUAUUUAUAUUUCAUACCUUUAUAGAUCAUUGAACUCAUUUUAAAUUAACUAGUGAUGGUAUUUCGCAUGAGUAUGUUUGUAUUUCAUUCGCUGAACGUAACUUUGUAAGUGUAUUUAUAACGGAAUAGUUUUACUCCAUUAAAGAUAUUUAUUCAUUAAUAUGAUACGAAUUUUAAGAUAAUUUUAACAGAUAAAAAAAAUUACUUCGUUUUAAUAUAACGAGAUAUUUUUUUUUUGCCAAAUUUAAUAUAUUGGUUUCAGAACGAUAUAAAUAUAUAUAAUCUAUGAAGGAGGUCACGUGGCGACGGUGUUUGAUGAUCGUAAUAAAUAGUUGUAUUUAUGUACGGCC